AUGAGGGGGUCCGUGCCUUUGCCGACUGCCGCAGAACAAGAGAUUUGGACCCCCGAGAUGCUGUGGAUCCGUGACGGCGGCGAAAGAGAAAGUAAAGAAAUUUUAGAACUGCUUUCAUUGCAAGCCUUGGUCAAGACCAAGUACGUUUAUGAUGAUGAGCAGGAACAGUCCCCCCAGGCUACAACCAAGGAGGUCCCCUGUACAGCUGUCAAGUUGGUGAAACUAAAAAAGGAAUUUGGCCGAACCCCUAAGGAAUCAGAAACGGAGUAUGUGUGGAGAGUGUCGCUGUUAAGUGAAAGAGAGGUGCAAGGGUAUGGGGGACCAGGAGUGUUUUUAACUACUGGGAACCACCGUGCCCCCUGGUCUUUGACCCAACGGGCAGCCUAUUGGGCGGGGGAUCCUCUUGCAAUUACAGGGACUGUGGAUCAAUUAGUAGAGAGUGUGCAGAAGGCAGCUUGUCUGCAGAUGAUGUAUGAUCGAAAACUGGAGCCUAGACAGGAGUCCCCAAUGAUGAUGCCAGUAGAUCCCGAACAAAUGACUCUCCUUAUAAGGGGACUGCCCGAUUCCUUGAAACUGAUUGGUAUACAGGGGAAAAUACAAGUGAUGCCCCAAGGCAACAGAGUUGCGUCUACUUUAGAAGGACUUACGCUGCACCACCAACCCUCUGACAGGAAAACGUGGACCUGGGGGGAGGUCACCCAAGAACUGAUCAAUUAUGAGUGCAAGUAUGGCCCCAUUAACCUUUCAACUGCUAAAACAGACCCCAGGGGCUUGAGGUAA